GGUUCGUCGUCCCCGGCCUCCAGUCCCUCGUGGGAAACAAUUGCCGGCCUCCGGGUCCACACGGCGAGGGAGCAGCGGGUGAGCCCGGGAGGGUUGGGCAAAGGCCUAGGGGGCCGGGGAGGCUCCGCAGACCGGAAGGAGGCGGCCGAUGCUAGGCGGAGAGGAGGAGCUCCGCGGACCUCGCGCUUUCCCUCCUCCAAUAAGAGCAGAAAAUGAACAAAUCCAAGGAGCAAGUAUCAUUCAAGGAUGUGUGUGUGGACUUUACCAAGGAAGAAUGGAGUCUGCUGGACCCUUCUCAGAAGAUACUAUACAGAGAUGUGAUCCUAGAAAAUUAUAGUAACCUUGUUUCAGUUGGGUAUUGCAUUACUAAGCCAGAAGUGAUCUUCAAAAUAGAGCAAGGAGAAGAGCCCUGGAUAUUAGAGAAGGGAUUCCCAAGCCAGUGCCACCCAGAAAGAAAAUGGAAAGUUGAUGAACUGUUAGAGAACAGCCAGGAAAAUCAAGAUGAACAUUUUUGGCAGUUUGUGUUCACCAACAACAAAACACAAAGUGCAGAAAGUGGCAGUAAAGUUAGAAAAACUUUCAAUGUGGAUACAGACCCCAUUUCUUCAAGAAAUUUUCAUUUCAAAAUAUGUGACUCAUGUGAAAUGAGUUUGAAAAAUAUUUCAGGUUUAAUUACUAGUAAAAAAAGCUAUUCUAGAAAGAAGCCUGAUGAGUUUAAUGUAUGUGAAAAAUUACUCCUUGAUAGGCAUGAGAAAAUUCCUAUUGGAGAGAAAUCUUAUAAAUGUGAUCAAAAAAGGAAUGUUCUCAGUCAUCGCCAGGAUCUUACUCAGCCAAUUUUUGAUCAGCCUUUUGAGUACAAUGAAAAUGAACAAGGCUUUAAUGAGGAAGCAACCUUUUUUACAAAUCAGAGGUCUCAGAUAGGGGAGACACUCUGUAAAUACACUGAAUGUAGAACCUUCAUUGAUGGUUUAAAGCUCAAUGUAUCUCAGAGAACUCACUUGGAGAUGGAGCCACAUGAAUGCAGUAUCUGUGGGAAGUCCUUUUAUAUGGAUUUACGAUUUGGACAUCAGAGAGUUCUUACAGGGAACAUUCCAUAUGAAUAUAAUGAAUAUGGGGAAGUCUUCUGUGACAAUUCAGCAUUCAUUAUCCAUCAGGGAUACACACGAAAGAUUCCCCAAGAAUACAAAGUCAGUAACAAAACUUGGGAAAAGUCAACCCUCUUUAAACAUCAGAUAGUACACAUGGGAGAAAAAUCCUAUGAGUACCAUGAAAAUGGGAAUAAUUUCAGCAAGAAGUCACAUAUCACCCAGUCUCGGAGAACUCAUUCUGGAGAAAAAACCUUCGAAUGUGGUGAAUGUGGCAAAACUUUCUGGGAGAAGUCAAACCUCACUCAGCAUCAGAGAACCCACACAGGAGAGAAGCCCUAUGAAUGUACUGAGUGUGGAAAAGCUUUUUGCCAGAAACCACAUCUUACCAACCAUCAGCGAACACAUACUGGAGAAAAACCCUAUGAAUGUAAGCAAUGUGGGAAAACAUUCUGUGUGAAGUCAAACCUUACUGAACAUCAGAGAACACACACGGGGGAAAAGCCCUAUGAAUGUAGUGCAUGUGGAAAAUCCUUCUGCCACAGGUCAGCCCUAACUGUCCAUCAGAGAACACAUACAGGGGAGAAACCUUUUAUAUGUAAUGAAUGUGGAAAGUCCUUCUGUGUGAAGUCAAACCUCAUUGUACAUCAAAGAACUCACACUGGGGAGAAACCCUAUAAAUGUAAUGAAUGUGGGAAAACCUUCUGUGAAAAAUCAGCUCUCACUAAACAUCAGAGAACUCACACAGGGGAGAAGCCCUAUGAAUGUACUGCAUGUGGGAAGACCUUUAGUCAAAGAUCAGUACUCACUAAACAUCAGAGGAUUCACACAAGGGUGAAAGCUCUUUCAACAUCUUGAAUUUUCAGGAGCUUUCAGACACCUAUCAGAUUUGUUGUAAAUUUUUCAAAAUGAAAUUAGAUAAAGCCAAAGAAUGCCGCAGAGUACUCGAAAAUGACAUCUCAUUUAAAUAUGUGAACACUUCCAAGAAAAAUUGAAACUUUUCACUAAAAAAUUUGUCAUGAGGGAAAAUCUAUUCAUUUAAUCCAUGUGAUAAAACUCUUUAGAAUUUUUGUUUAAUAUUGUCUUCCAGAUGUGAUACCAAAUUUGUAAAUAGAAUGGGUAAUAUUCAUUUUACUCAUAUUCACAGUGGAAUUUGAAGCUUAAAACAAUCAAAUGGCAGUAACAUUAAACAUGUGUUAAGAGUUCCUCCUAUUUGUAGACUUUUCAUGAGUAUGGUAAUUAACAAACUUAGAGUAUGCUUAAUUUGUAUAUUGGAGCCCAACAUGAUUGUGAGGAUAAAAUAUGAACCCCUAGAUUAGUAACUUUUAAGGCAUAAACAUUUUCCAUACUAAAUGCCACAGUGGCUUUAUAGGUUAAUGUGAUUUUAUGUGUGUAUGUACUUAGAUGUGAACAUGUGUUUGUAUGUCUAUAUGUAUAUAUAUAUAUGUAUACAUAUGUAAAUACAUUUGUACAUACACACCUACUCCACAUAUACAGUGAUGUGUUAGCAUCACCAUGUACUAAUUUAAAAGUACUGCUGAUUAAAUUUUCAGGAAUUUCGUGAGCCAAUUGUUAAAAAGUCAUUACUUAGAAUUAUUGUAAACUUACAAUUAAAUUAUAUUAAAAGCAAAGGUAACACAAAUACUCAUCACUCAUAACGUCCUAAUAAUUUUGCUGCAUUUCAGUGUUCUCUUUGUUGUUUAGAUUACUUACAUUAUUGAAUCCAUAUGGUGAGAAUACUAUGUAAUGUUUCACUGCUAUACAUCUCUUCUCAAUUCCACAUUCAGUGCUAUCAUAUUGGCAACUUGACCUUAGUCAAAAUAUUUAUACCAUGGAAACUGGCAAACUCUACAUAGCAGGGUAUUUAUUUUCUCAGAGAACCUGUUGUCAAAUGUUUACCAGCACACCUCUGUGUAUAUAUGGAAACAUAUUUGGCAGAUUUAAAGUACAAACCACAUACCCCUUUUCCUAUUUCCUGAAACAAAUAAAUGGCCAUGGCCAUUAUUACUGAACUGCCCCUUCAGUAAAAAAGCCAAAAGAUGUUUUAUGAGGUUUUAAACUACCUCUGAACCAAUCUGAUUCUAAAUACUACUAGAGACACUCUAUAGCUUGGCCAGUGUAUGUUUUAAGUGAAAUAUUUUUUCACAAAGAAGCAUUCUACCUACUUUUGACUGAGUCCUGGCAUAUAUAAAUGAGUGUGGUCAUUAUUAUCAAGAUAUACCUUCAAUGAAGAAAUUAAAACAAUAUUUUUCUGAGGUUUUUGAGCUACCUCUCAGUCAUGUAAAUUAUGUUAAUAAGAAUAAUAUUUACACAAACUAAAGGUUAACAUCAGUUGUAAAUGGUAAUACUCAGUGUACUCUACAAAUAAAAAAUGGUGGUAUGUAAUGAAAUGCCCUUUCCAUACUCUUGGUAUUUUAUUGUGGAUCUCUUUAGGCAUGAUAUAUGUAACCCUAGUUCUAUGUAACCCAAAAACUAUAUACUUGUAUUUAAUGUUAAUGUCAUAUAGUAUCUCUGCCUUCUUUGUUUCUUUGUUCGCUAUGCUUCUUAGGACCACAUUGAUUAACAAUUCUGUGACUACUGAUUUCUUCCUUGUUGAGCUGAGCUUUUAUCACCUAGGUGACUUAGGGGGUAAAUCCAAAUUAGUUUAAACUAAUCAUGGAAAUUCCAUUCAGGUAAUUUUGUUGGAUGAACAGGUGAGCAAGGAGAUGUAUGGGGAACAGUCUAUAGAAUUUCUGGAAAAGUUCUUAGUGAUAAAGGUAUUGAUGUGAUGUGAAGAUAUGAGGGACAUGAGAAGAGAUCGUCCCUCUUCUGCUGGACUUUUUCAUGUCUGUACAUGAUACUGGCUUAUAGUUUGUGGCCCUGAAGGGCAGUAGCCUGAAGAUAACAGUGCAUGUGUGGGAAAUAUCUGGCCCAAAACUGACAUCACUGAGCUACUUAAUUCUCUCUGCAACUGCUCUCUUCUGGAACUUCAUAUUAUAUGAAGUAGAACAUUUUCUUGUUUAUUAGGACUGUCUGAUAUUUAGAGGUAAAGGCAUUUUAGCUAAUACAAAGGAACACUUUUCUAAGUGUUACAAGUUCUGUACCUUGAUUUUGGGGAAGAAUUAUUUCUGAUAUUAGGAUGGAUGUUUAUAUAAGCCAUGGUUUUUUCUGAUGGAAUAUAGAAUUUUUCAACUAAAAACAUUUUAGUGGCAGAUUUAUUACAAUAUGAAAAAAGUGAUGUUUAAACAAUCACCUAGAGACCAUCAUCUGCAUGAAAUCAUUCCUAUUUUGAGUCUUCAGGGGACAAGGUUGGAGCCCAAUGAGACCUGCUAUCAUGGAGGAUAUAUUUUCACUACCAGAAUUGUGGCACCAAAUUGUUAGUACCUUCCUUUGAAGAACUCACUCAGAUGCAUUUGCUGGUGAGCCCGGGUGGGCACAGAGAAUGAUGGAGAGAGAGAUUGGGUGGAGGAAAUGUGGAAUAAGCAGCACAGUUGUCUGUUGUUUGUUUUUAAUUUCUGUAAAUUCCUAUGUAAUAGGCUCAGUAUUAGAAAUAAAGUUAUUAGUUGAAAGGUAAGUUUUUGUGCUUUCAUAUCAGCAUGAGUAAAUUUCCUUUGGAACUGAGUCCUGUAGCAUGCACAUCUGCCUUUUGACAUGUAUGAAGCAGAUGUUACAUUAAAUUGCAUUGUUCAUAUAUCUCUCUGUGGUGUUAAAUGUGGUGAGGGAAAUAGUUCCAUAGUCUUCCAAAUAAACAACCAGGUAUCACUGUACUGUUCACCUCUUUUAUGGAUUUGAUAGGGUAUUAUUACUGUUUACUUAGAUAUAUGAUGUUUUAUCUCUAUUACUUUUGUCUGCUCAAUGUAACUUUUAAACAUUUUUUUAGUAGUAGAACCUGUCAUUGUGGUCACACAGUAAGUAUUUACUCUAGAUGGUACUCUGUCUUCCUGACCUGCAUUUGUAUUGAUCCCCAAAUGAUCAUUUGUUCCAAAAUAAGCCAGUGAGAGCCCAUCCUAGAGUACUGUUAUUGGGAGGUCACCAUGGGUCAGGCAAUUUGUAUACUUGUUGCUGCUAGCAAUCAUAUCAAGAAAAUGCAUUUGUACUGCAAUCUAUUCAAAGUCAGCCUUAACACACAAAGAAAAUAUAUUGUAAAGGAGAUGGUGGUAUUAAAUACUAUUAAGAAAAAUUAGAAGAAGAAAAGUUGUCAGAGGGAUGAUGUGAUUUUAGAUAGGUAAUUAAAAGACCUCACUGAGAAGGCUACAUUGGAGGAAGGAUGUGUUAUUUGUAGAUGUGUGUGUGUGUGUGUGUGUGUAUGCAUGUGUGUGUGAGAGAAAGAAGCAUGUGUCAUCAACAAUUUUACAUAAUUUUCUAUUUCAUGAAACACAUGCCCUAAUUACCUAUAAUGUACUUUUGAUACUUUGUUUAGGGUUGUAGUACAUUUUGUUAAAAGAAAUAUUUGUGUCCAUACACUAAACUGAUUUCACAACUAACAACCACACUAGUGCACUGAUUUCACAACCCAGUGCACUAGUGUGUGAAACCAAGAUGUGAAUUGCUGUGUCAUUGAUUUG